AUGAUCGAGGUAGCCACGUAUCGAAAAAAGAGUUUAGAUUCAUGUGAAGAAUUUCGGCGUCGAAGCGGCUCGACGGCCAGCACGAAAAAAUGGGGAAAACGCGAGGCGCAACCACAAUUUGAAUUGAGGUGUUGCGUGAAUCCGGAAAUCUUGAAGAAAAACGUCGAAAAUCAUUGGUAUUUUGAGGAUGAAACGGUUCGUCUAAAUGGAUCGGUAUUCGCAAGACGCGAAAAUUUCAACAAUCUCCUUAGCAUCAUUCCACUACACAAAUUCAAUGGGAUUCACAUAAAAAUGGAAGACGAUUGCCCACAAGGUGGUGAUGAUGUCCGUUUGUGUCUACUGAAAACACUGGGAGCGCACAAUUUGCGAGAAGUGAAAUGCGUGGGAUGCACAAAGCCGAUAACGGUCUAUGAUCGAUAUCCAUUGAUCGACGGUGUUUUCUUUUUGUCACCAGUUGUGCGUUAUGGGCCGGCGAUUGAGGUGAUCUACGAUCAACGCCAAUUCUACAUUCAACAGCUCUGUGCUCGGUGUCUUUUCUCGGAAUGGGAAUGCGCGACGUGUGGAAAAGAUGAUUGGUUUGCGGGAAAAUCACUAAUCCUCGGCACUCUCUAUUUCUACGAUGUAAUCAGUGCGGGCAGAUGUUGUCCACCAAUUUGCUCACUCUGCCAUGCGCCUUUACUUGUACCGGAAAACGGUCACUAUGCAUUGGUGAACGAGUGUUUCACUUGUUCUUCUUGUGGAUCUCGACAAUAUCAUUUGGCUCGUGGCAAUGAUGAGGUGCGCAUCAUCCCACCGAGCCCACUCGACGAUCCAUUUGCGGCGAUUGCAAGCGGU